AUGGACUCCCGUCCAGAGCGGCGCGUCCUGACCCCAAGGGGCCGCCUGGCUGCUUUCGAAGCUGCUCGAGCUUCUCGAGACUUUCCCGCUCUUCAAGCUGCCCUGGUGCUUACUCCCCCUCGCACGUCGCCCUUCCAUGCACCAUACACGGUUGCGGCCGGCUCUUCGUUUCCUCGAACCCCGGAACUCAGUUGGGACGAGACUCCUCCAGCAGCAGCAGACCCUCCAACGCCAGAGUUUGGUUUGGCUCUACAUCCAGUUGAUGAUCCUCUGCUCCAUUCGCCUCUCGCUGCUCGCAAAGUCCGAGAUACUCUACAGACUACCAAACAUGACACGUCCUUGCUUGACUUGGGUACCCCGUUCUAUGAUGUCAAAAAAGAAGAGCUGUAUCAUGCUUCUUCCUCUGGCCGUGCGUCAAGACAGCAUAUCAAGCUUGAGGACCACGGCUACUUCAGCGGGCUGAACAGAGCAAUGCGGAGGCCGAUGGCUGCACGUUCUUCAGAGCCCCUGCCGGUACAAAUCUACCUGGUACGCCUGAGGUAG